UCCACAAGCUUCUCUUCUAAAACUCACCCGUCACACAAAACACACCCAAAACAAAUCCUGAGAGAGAGUUCAAUGGCGAUGAGCGGGAGCAUUGUCGGAGCGAGGGUCUGUUACGGCGGAGGCCCAGCGGAGAUGAGGGUCGGCUCCGGCGAAGCGGGGCGGCGGAGAAUGUCGGUGGUGGUGAGAGCAGAAGGCGGAGGAAUAAACCCCGAGAUCAGGAAGAACGAAGAGAAAGUCGUGGACUCUGUCGUUGUCACCGAGCUCUCCAAGAACAUCACUCCUUAUUGCAGGUGUUGGAGGUCGGGGACAUUCCCACUGUGUGAUGGGAGCCAUAUGAAACACAACAAAGCCACGGGAGACAAUGUCGGUCCUCUCCUCCUCAAGAAACAGUAGUUACCAUCUCUUCCUGUUCUUUUUUUUUAAAAAAAAAAAAAUUGAUAUAACAAUUUCAAGUAUUUCUAUUUUCAUGCCAUGUUGUAAUGACGACAUCUAUUUGAGUUCCACCAUUUGAUCUCUUGCUUUGUGUUU